CGGGGUUGGUAGUGUGUGUGCGCGCGCGCGCCAGCGAGAAAAUCCCUCCAGCCCGCCGGGAAUUGUUUGCUGGGCGUCACGGCGUCACAUGCAGAUUUCCUGCCCUUGGGUUGCAGGUUGCUGGCGGCCGGGAUCCGGAUGGGCUGGGGCAGCCGCCGGGGCCUCGGGGCCGGGGCACGGCGCUCCUAGCUCGCUCGCCCGCCCUCCCCCUCUCCCAAACCUCGAGCCCCCAAAUGACCCUGCGCACGGACGAAUCCUCGGAUGGCACCGACAGGACUGGGCCCCAGUGGGAGGCUGCCGGAGCGGCAGUGGCGGCGGAGCCUUCCGAGGAGGAGCGCCUGGAGUUGGCCAUGCGGGAAUUGAGGCUCGCAGGAUGGUACUGGGGUAACCUGAGUGUUGUAGAAGCCAAGGAGAGAUUACAAGAUACGUCUGAAGGGACUUUCUUGGUCAGAGACAGCUCGCACUCUGAGUACCUGCUUACUAUUUCAGUAAAAACGUCAGUCGGACCUACCAACCUACGCAUAGAAUUUCAAGAUGGCAAAUUCCGACUGGAUUCCAUUAUCUGUGUUCGGUCAAGGCUCCGGCAGUUUGACAGUGUGGUCCACCUGAUUGAAUAUUACGUUCUUAUGUGCAAGGACAGAAGAACUGCGUCUGAAAUGCCUUCCAAUGGAACAGUCCAUCUGUAUUUGAAUAAACCUCUCUGUCAUUCAACUUCAUCUCUACAGCACUGCUGUAGGGUAGCUAUAAACAGAUACACUAAUGAGAUCCAGGAACUUCCUUUGCCAACAAGACUGAAGGAAUUCUUGAAAGAAUAUCAAUAUCGGAUAUAAAUAUAUCAUCUACUCUGCCUCGCUUUUUUUAAAAAAGAUAUGAAUACAGUUUUAUGAAAUCAAAAGCCCUGUGCAGUCAGCUGCAAAAAAAAUGUAUUGUGUAAGGUCAUUCUGAAAAUAGCCAAGGUAAUCUUUAUGUGUGGAAGUGGCAUGGGGUGAUGUAGCUUGAACUCAGGACUCCACAGUCAAAACUUUGCAGCAGAGUAAUCUCUGCUGUUUCUCCUGAUUGGCCAGUCUCUUAAACCUCAUUGAGAAAAGUGCCUGUGUUGCAGUGAGGUUGAGAUGUAAGCAGAGGAAAGGUUUGUCAUUCUUCCACAUCCAUGCCUUCCUUUGGCUCUUAAAAUCCUACUCCUUUAUAUUGGGGCAGUCCUGCAUCUAAAAGUCAGGUCUACCAACCUGUAUCUUGUUUGGCUCUGCCACAUUUGACUGGUUUUCUCUUCUGAGAACCAAUGGAAGCAUUCUUCCUGUACUACCACCACCAACAACAAACUAAUUCAAGCGUUCUGUUAGUGAUGUGGCUGUCUUUGAAAAAUCACUUCUGUACAAAGGGUGGGAUUUGUGUGGUUCAUCACCAGUGAUGUCAUAGGCGUUACCUAACGCACGUCCUUGAGACUUGUGCAACCACAUUGCAAAUAGCCAUCUAGAUCGAUACAGUACCUUGUGGAAGAUUCACAUUUCCCAGUGACAAAAUACUGUAGUUCGAGAGCUGAGAAGGUGCAAGUGUCUUCUCACCAAAAGGGCUAAGGGGAGAGCAAACAUCUGGAUCCCAUGCAGCAAAUGACUUCCUAACUGCAUUUAUGGCACUCCAAACUUUUCAGAAUUUCUGUAGGAGAACCUAGAUACUGGGACAUAAAUUUCCAGAUGAAAAUAAACAACUGGCACAGAAGUUCUUGGUGGGGUGGCAGUUCUAUAAGGAAUGGGUUAACUGUCUGAUUUUAAGAUGAGCUUGAGGCUGCCUAAGAUGCUGUCUUCUUACAGCAUUAAUUGCAGCAUGUUCAUUCAGUUAAUACCUUGUUCAUUUUAGUUUAUGGCUGAAAAUUGGGACAUUGUAGAACAUAGUCGAUAUUUUACAACAUUAUAACACCAGAGUUUUGUUCAUAUUUACCCCCAAAUGUUGACCUAGCAAUGCUUUCUGAUUCUGAUUAACUUAUGAAAACCUUCUGAUCAGCCCUACUCAUUUUUGCUCGGAAAUAAGUGUUCUUGGGUUGCAGCCAAGUCUCAUUUGGACUGUUCAUGGAAUAGACUUCUAAGCAGACGUGAUUAGGAUCAGGUUGUAAGACAGCUAAUCACAUUGAACCAGAAUUAAUGGACUCUGCUUACUUGUAUAUAGCUACAAUGAUCUCCCUUCAACGUAUGGGGACUGUACUACAUUGAAUAAUCUAAUUAAAAGGGAACCUUAUUUCAAAUAAAGCUGAAUUGAAAAAGCAAACCCUUCACUGUCUUUUACAAGGGCCCAGUGGAUCAUUUUUAUAUUAGGGUAGUAUACCAAGGUUUUUGUUAGUGUGACAGAGAACUCCUUUUUUGUUUUAGAUCCACUUACUGCCUAUAAUAGGCCUCCCUUGAAUGAGACUUUAUAUAAGCCUAGACUGCAGCCUUGCAGUUGUGGUUUCCAUGCCUGAUCGUGGAUAGCAGCAAUUAUAACUUCCUUCUACAAUGUAGAAUUUUUUAAUUCUUAUUUCCUUGAAAUGCAAGAAAGUUUGUGUGAUCUAAAGAUUGUGUUUUCAAGGCUGUAGCUGUCAGAUUUCAGAUUGUAUUAAAUAAAGUAAACAAUUACAGA